AUGGUUGAGGCAUUUUAUUUGGACGCCUUUGAGAGGACGAAGCGUCGUAACAGAAAGUGGUAUAAGGAAAAUAUGCUCAAAGUACUUGAAGCAGCUAGAGAAAAUCGAGCUCGGGAAGUAGACGCUUCUAUAGCUCUCGCCAAGGAUCUUUUACAGAUAUUAAACGAACCGCGAAAGAAACCUGAGCCAAUUCCGCCGCACGAUUUGAUUCCAUCUGAAGCAGAUUCCUUUAUGAAGCCUGUCGAACCUGAAAUUCUAAAUUUACUGCACGGAAGUACUGAAAAAGGCGCUACCGAGAGGUACCUUAAAGAGAGAAACAAGAAAGCUCCAGAGGAUAAAUUCUACUAUCGCGCCACCACCAAUUGGGAGUACGGUUGGCAACAGAAGCAGUCCCGAAUGCCGGCAAGAGAUACGAACCUAGGACGCUGCGCUGUGCUUCGAGACACGCUCUACCGCAAAAACAACCUUGCGCCCGACCCUCCGCACUACGCGGAGCCAGCGGGUGGAGAGUUCUCCAUAUGUAGCGUAUAUUCUUGCAACUUCAACUAA